GUGUUUGACAGCAAUACGAUGCAACCGCACGUUUAUAAAUCCGCUGCAGGACCACUUUUAGAAAAGUUUAUGGAUGGGUAAAUAAGAAAAAAACAUUGUGCCAAAAAAAAUAAUGAUACUAUCACCACCACGAAUCAACCCUACCCCUUAACUACGACGUGGAAUGAUCAAAUCACUAAAAGAGAGAAAAUUGACUAGGUUCAAUGCUACAAUUUUGGCAUACGGACAAACUGGAUCGGGCAAGACGUACAGCAUGGGCACUGGUUUGCACAAUACAACUGCCCGUGAAGAAGAAGGCAUUGUACCGCGUUGCAUGGUCGAUCUUUUUGAGAACAUGGAGAAGCGCGCUAAAGAGGACCCAGAUUUCAAAUACGAAAUCCUCGUAUCAUUUUUAGAGUUGUACAACGAGGAAUUCGUUGAUCUUUUAAAUCCAAACACUUUGCAACGCAAAAAAGGCGUCAACAAUGCCGCUGCAGCUGCUGAAAUAUCUGUUCGUGAAGACAUUGCUGGCAACAUUUAUUGGAGUGGUGUCCGAGAGGAACGUUGCUCAAGUCCAGAUGAAUUGCUCGGGUACCUUGCCAAGGGCUCACUGUGCAGAACCACCGGAUCCACAGACAUGAACACCGUCUCGUCUCGCUCACACGCUAUCUUUUCAGUGAUUCUCAAACAACAACGGCGCGAAGAAGAUGGAAGUGACAAGGCAUUCACGAGCAAGUUUCAUUUUGUUGACUUGGCCGGAUCUGAAAGAUUGAAACGAACCAACGCACAAGGCGACCGUGCUAAAGAAGGCAUCGCGAUCAACUCUGGUCUUUUGGCACUAGGCAACGUCAUUUCCGCACUCGGAGAUGAGACCCGGCGGGCAACACACGUCCCAUAUCGAGACUCUAAACUCACGAGACUCCUUCAAGACUCCCUUGGCGGCAACAGCCAGACCCUCAUGCUGGCUUGUGUGUCACCUUCGGAUUCGAAUUUUAUGGAGACAUUGAACACGCUCAAGUAUGCCAAUCGUGCGCGGAACAUCAAGAACCGGGUCACUAUCAACCAAGACUUUGCCGGCAGCUCUAUCGAAAUCAACCAGUUGCGCGCCUACAUUGCACGACUCCGGAUGGAGAUUGCCGCGCUCCGUGCUAGUGGCGCUACGGGCGAUGUUGCCUCCGCUUCUACAGGUGACAGCAGCGAAAACAAGGCCCUCCGUGCCGAGGUCGGUCGACUUCGAGAGCGGCUCCAAGACAUGUCGACAAAUCUAAUCCAGGUCACGAGCGAGCGUGAUACGCUUAUUAUGGAGCGCGAACUAGGCGAAUUUCUGAAAGAUGAAUCAGCCACAUCAUUACCGGAUGGCGUUCAUGGUGACGCAACAGCAACAUCAGUGCCAAAACAGGCGUCGUCACAUCCCAUUAUCGUCCAGUACCAGAAAACAAUUCAGGAUCUCACAAACGAACUGCAAGAUACACGUGAUCGUCUUGCAUUUUUAGAGAACGCACAGCCUAUGGCUAUGCAAGCCAUGAUGAUGGCUAGCUCCUCGUUUCAAAAGUCAGGUGCUGCUGCUGCUGCUGCUUCUUUGUCUAUGAGCACGUCUACUACAAGCCAGCGUAAAAGUCGCAGAUCGCGUCGUCGUCAUCAUAUCACUCCCAACAGCAGCAAUACGACAUCUGUGCACACUGCCCGAGUAAAAUCCAAGCAUUCUGCUCGACGACCGGUGCUUUCUCAAAGCUCUAGCACACGGGUUCAGCGCCAACGCGAAGCGGGUAUCAUCACCCCGCAGUAUACUCUCAGCAAAGACGAUGAUGAGAUUCGACAAGAAGUUAGAGACAGCAUCGCCAAAGCUAGACAGGAAAUACAAAAGGGAAUGCAUGUGCUGGAUCUCGCCAAACCUCUUGACGAUGCUGCACGCGACUGGGAAGAAGAGCUAAGGGAAUUCGAGGAGAACGAAAAGUCCCUCUAUGAGGAGAAAGACAUACAACGUACUUCUUCGGAUGAAGGCAACUUUACACCAGCACGCUCGCCUGUUGAAGAUACAGACCUACUUGGCAACGCGUUGUUAGACGAAAUCGAAACCUUAGCAGUUCCUGCAUGGGAUGGUCCAGAUAGUGAGCGACGCAAGAAUGAGAUUUUAGUAGACGACAGCGGCAGCAGCAACAACUCUUCAACAUCACCCGAUGGCUAUGCCGCGGAAACAGCUACUACCAAUAUCGUCGUUCCUGACAGCAGCAGCAACGGGAAGCACAAUGCACAGCUCGCUCGCAUGCUGCAUCAAAUUCAGUCAGACAUCCGUGUCAAAGAAGAACUUGUUUCGCACCUCGAGAAAUCCGAAAACGAGUACUCAUUCAUGCGACGCAAGUUUGAUGACCGUAUUUCACAACUGCAAACCCAACUUGAUGUCUUACAACGUGAGCGUGACCAAGCAAUCUCACGUACGCGAACACGCAUGUCCAGCAAGUCGGAAAUGACUGUGCAAGUGAAAGAAAAACAACACUUGAUCGAGAUCCGACACGCUUACGAAGCCAAGAUGAAGCACUUGUUAUCGCAGAUCCAGGAGCUCAAGCGCAAGUAUUCGCAAACAACCAUGACGAUGCAGUCUACGCGUAACCAAAACGAAACUUUGUUGCGAUCGUUGCGCGUCAAUGUAGAAACGCUCAAGGUGGAAAAGAAACGCAUGAUUAAGCGUAUGAAGCAAGAAGCUGAGCGUGUGCGUGAGCAGUCGUCGCUUCAAGAUCGCAAGAUCCAACAGUUGCAGCGACUGAAUGCAGAAGCCAACCUUGCUCGUCGGAAAUUGGAACGUCAGCACGAGCAACAGCGUGUGACACUCAAACGACGGGAUGAAGAAGCGGUCAUGAACAACCAACAGCUCAAGCAGCUGACAAAUGUUCUCAAGAAGGCUGUACGCGAAGGUGGUGUGCUCGACGAACGACUGCUUGGCAAGGUGACCCAUAUUAUCGGUGGCAGCUUCGCAUUGAUUUCCCGUCGCGCCAAUCGACUGGGUGACCGCAAGGCCAUGCGCAAGAGAAUGAACAAGAUACCCGUGCAAGUCCGCGUCACGCGCAAAAAGCAGUUGCUGGACAGUGCUCUUUACCAGUUCAUCCAGGGCAAACAGGCCGUGGUGGAAAUGGAACAACUGUUGUUCCGACGCGAACGGUUGGCAGCAGAGAAACUCGAGCUGAUUGAAGAACGUCGCCAUAUCUAUUUGGCCGAAAAGGAGAAUGCUGAGGCGACUAGCCAGCCCAUGGAUACUCUUGCGCUUGACUUUACGGAUGAGCGCAUCGACCUCAUUUCAGCCGAAAUAUCCUACUUGUCCGCGCGGGUGCGUGCUUUGCAAUCGGAGGCUGCAGGUGAUGCCCUUGCCUCUUCUGAAGGUAGUGAAACAGGAAGCAUCGCUUCGGGUGGCAGCGGCAACGGCAGCGUCAAUGGCUUCCACCAGCACCAGCACCAGCACCAGCACCGUCCACCUAUCGAAAAACGCGUUGCUUUUGCCGACGAUAUCAUCAACGAGUCAUUUACUCCUCGAGAGAAUGCAAAUGGUGACGGCUGGGCCGAUAUGGACGCCUUUGAGGAGCAAUACAGCGUGCCGGCAUCUGCUGCUCCAGAAAUGGCCUACGAUAUCCUCUCUAAACUAAUCAAGACCCUCGAACUUGAUGAAGCCAAGGCCAUUGCCGAAGCUCUGGUUGAAGACAUCAUGAACUUGCGCAUGAGCGACACGAAUCGUCAGGUCACCAUCCAAAAUCUGGAAAAGACGGUACACGACUUGCGCCGUACACUCAUUGUGAUGAAACGGGCUGCAAUUACAACGACUGUGGAAAAUGAGCGACGCAUUCGCAAGCUCGAAGAAAGAGGCCAGGGUAGCGGCAGACGAGGAAGUCGAAACCAAGCUGUUGCUGGUGAUAACGACAGCGCAAUCGACGUCAAGAUUGAAGAGUAUAUCAACAGCGGCAACACCAUUUUUGAUAAGAUUUACGAAGACGGAAUUCGUGGUGUUGUUAGCACACCAGAGCCGCUUAUUGAUUCACGUCGGUCAUCUAUUGCAUCAUUUAAUGGCACCAACGACGAAGUGUUAUUGCCGCCACCCUCUCCUGUCACUUCGCCGACCUAUGUUACCGGAUCAUCAAACAACGGUGGUAGUACCCGUGGCAGUGCGGGUAGUGGCGUCAGACCACCAGUCUCUUUGACGGAUAAGGGCAAUCGACACGCUCCCGCUCGAGAGGCAACGCCUUCCCCCGAUAGAUUUUUGAAUAUGAUUCAGGUAUAAGAUAUCCAAAAUGCGAUGAUACGAAGGGAAAAAGUUGUACCUUGCUCUAAACGACGUUAUCAUUAGCGUCGGUUAUCGUGGCAACAGCGUAUGGCAAAUGGCAGCGAAUCCCCAAUUCCGUUCGUGAUGGCUAACCCAAGCGAGUUUGCAAGAUACAGCACGGAGCGUGAAUCAUC